AAACAAUCAAACAAAAUGUCAGCUGGCAUGCCCAUUAAUCCUAAACCAUUUCUAAAUGGUCUGACUGGAAAGCCCGUGCUAGUUAAACUGAAAUGGGGACAGGAAUACAAGGGAUUUCUAGUCUCAGUGGAUGGCUACAUGAAUAUGCAGCUGGCAAACACAGAGGAAGUUAUCGAAGGCUCCGUUACGGGCAAUCUCGGCGAAGUGCUGAUACGCUGCAACAAUGUACUCUACAUCAAAGGCAUGGAAGAUGACGAUGAAGAGGGCGAGAUGCGAGAUUAAACUAACCUCAGUACAAUUUAGCAUUAAGUGUC